AUGAUGAACAGUAAUAGUAGUAAUAAUAACAUGAACAACAAUACUAAUUCUUCUUCCAUUCCAACGAUCAUUCCAACCACAACAACCACCACAACUUCAACUUCCAAUGAAUCUCCGUUUGUAGCCUUUCAGCAACAACAAUUCUUGAAUAGCUUGUUGCUGCACAAUCAUAACAAUAAUAAUACCAAUAACCAGAACAAUAACAACCACAUGAUACUCACGAAUUUAAACACUGGUAAUCCUAGUAGCAGUAAUUCUCUCACUAGUACCCAUACUGCUCCGCAUCAUCAUCCUAUCCAUAAUAACAUGAAUCAUGAUAAUAUGAUGAUGAUGAAUUUAAUGAUUCAUCAAUGGAAUGUCCUAUCUCCCCAACAACAAGAACAAUUAUUAAUGUUAUUUCAUGCCAAUUCCCAACAUCAACAACAACAACAAUCAUUACCGAUGAAUGUAAUCAAUAAUCAUCAUCCUCUCAUGAUGCUCAUGAAUAAUCAUGCCAUGAUGAUGCCAACAACAACAAGUCUUUCUGGAAUUGAUAAUAAUAAUCAUAAUAAUAACAACAGCACCACCAACUCAUCCACCAAUGUAUUGAACCAUCUCCUUUUGGCAUCUCAACAACCUCUUCUCAUGAUGAAUCCUAAUAAUACCACAAGCACAUCAUCCACUCAUCCCUUUUUUACGACUUCCAAUCCUUUGAAUUGUAAUCCUCAAACUUCUAACCUUACUUCUCCUUCGAUCACAUCGCCACAAGAUUUCAACAUGUUACAACAGUUUUUACUUGGAAUGAAUGUUAUUGAUAACACGAGUGUUCAUAACAAUCAUCAUCCAUUGACUACAACAACGCCUAUUACAACAAAUUCUGAUUUUACACUCUUCAAUGAUACCGUCAGUACGAGUGGUGAUGGUAGUGGCAGUGGUAAUAAUAAUCAUAAUAUGGAUGAAAAUUCAUUUCUUGUCACCGAUCAACAAAUUCAAACAAAUUUUGAAGAAUUGUUUCAACAACAACAACAACCAUUCCAUCAACACACGACAUCUCCAUUUCCAACGGAUUUAUCCCUCAAUUUGUCAAAUAUUCAGCAUCACCAACAUGAAAUGUCAUCCUCGUCGUCGUCGGUAACUAGUACUCUUUCACAACCUUCGACUCCUCGUGUCGAAGGAGUGUUAUUAAUCGAUCAACAAUUUGAUACCAACACACUCACAGAUUUUGGACUUGAAACAUUUUCCGACAUGUCACCUUUUGAUAAUGUUCAUGCCAUUGUUGAACAAAAUUUAAAGAGAAAAUUGGAUGUUUUUUUGGAGCCAACAACUGCAACCAUGAAUAGUGGCACAAGUGGAGGUUUGAAACAAUCCACGAGUCCAUUGGCCAAUGGUCUUCCAAAUAAUACUCCAUCUGUUCCAGUCUCUUCUGGUUUUUCCAUUCUUGAUAAAUUACCUCCACAUCAACAACGAGAAUAUUUCAAACGUGUGAAAAUGAUGUUAACAGAGGAUGACGACGAUGCCAAUGCUAUGGCAACUGGUGGCAAUUCUGCUUCAUUCAUAAUGGAUCAAAUUUUCAAUGAUAGUACAAGUGGAGGAAGUGGAGGUUCUGAUGAACGAUCCUUUCAUAACUUUCUUGAUUUUGAGGAAGAUCCUACAGCAAGUAUCUUUUCAAAAGUCACACUGUCCAAACAAUCUCCUCUUAAUAUUGAUGAAGAUGAUGAAUCAAGUGAAACCACUGUAUUGGGAGCUGAAUUUGAAAUUAAUCCAAUGAUUUAUACUUCACCUUUGGAAGAACACAAAUCACCUACUGCUUCACAUGACGAAUCAUUGAAUGAAAAUUACUACUCGUCACAACAAGCCAAGAAAUCAAGAUCGUCAAGUCCUGUGGAUUCCACUAGUCGACGUGUGAUUAAUAGUCAAACGCCAACAGUCAUGGGUGCAACUUCUACGAAUUAUAUUUGGAACAAUAUGAUAUUACCUGUGUCUAGUGUGUCAGCACCAACGAGUGCUUCUUCAACUCCAUUCAUUAUUGCAAAUUCUGACGCACUUCCCAAAAGAAAAUCCAGUGGUGCUGUAAAAUCACCAAACAGUACUCUCACUUCGUCACCCUUAAUGCAAACGUCAUCCUCUUCUUCUGCUUCCUCGCCAACUACUAAUCAAUCCAUUUCUCGAACUUCUCAACCGCUGAGCACAAGCACGAGUAACAGUACUUCAAAAUCGAGACCAAGUCAUCGCAAAUUCCCAACCAAUUACUUUUUAAAUAUGGUUAGAGCUCCACCCAAUAGCCCGAUGGGAUCCAAAUCAAAUUCUAGAGCUAGUUCAUUGGCUAGUUCUGCAAAUAAUUCGAGAACCAAUUCAAGAACGAAUUCUCGAUCCAAUUCACCGACUACUAGUACUCCACCCAAUUUUUAUACUUGUUCUUCCAAUAAUAACAUGCAAAUGACGGAUGCAGUAUCAUCCGAUCAACAACAAAUGUUUGCCAAUUCGGAUUUCAUGCUCAAAUUACAAAAGAGUUUAUCAUCCUUGUCACAAGUCAGUAAUAAUCCAUUUUCUAUGAGUAAUAAUAAUUCUGUGAAUCAUGCAUCGAGAAUUUUAGUGACACCAACACCAGAACAUCAUUUUGUCAAUAUUCCAGGAGCAACAACAUCAACAGGACAAGCCAUUGUAGUUCCACAAAAUCAUUAUCUCACUAAUAUGAAACCAAUGACGGAUCAACAACAAUCAAUCAGCAGCAGCAGCAUUGGUGGUGGUAGAGGUAGUCACAACAAAUCAAGUUCAGAUGAAAAGAAGGACAAUUCUCUGAACAUGAUGACGACACAUGACAGUAGUGGAGAUUUUUCUGGUGACCUGUCCAAACAACGAAAACAUUUUCUGCCUACGGAUGCGACUGAAGUGUUGAAGGAUUGGUUUUUGGAACAUAUUCAACAUCCGUAUCCGAGUGGACAGGAAAAACAAGCCUUGUCACAACAGACAGGACUUUCCUAUGUUCAAGUUUCGAAUUGGUUUACCAAUACGAGAAAACGAAGUUGGCAAGUGAUGAAGAAAGAAUACGAGAAGAGAAAUGGAACGAAAUCUGCCGAGUCAUCUGCAACAACACCUCCUACAGAAGGGUCAUCGGAAGCUGCCAUUCCAGGUAUCUUGGAGGAUGCCAAUAAUAAAUAA